AAUAAUAAACGAAUGCUAACUCCUUCCACACUGUAAUCACAGUUCGCACCAAUUUUUCUCUCUUAGAUAAGGAACCCUAGAAACACAAACACAUCGAUUCACUCAAUCCAUUUUCUGUGACUCCUUGCUGCUGCAGCGUUCCAAAUCCAAUCCAUCGGAGAAGAAUUCACAACUCCACGGCGACAGUCAGAAUGUCUGAUUCUAACGAAGAAAGCUCGAUGAUUCUACAAAAUAUGAAGAAAAGAAAACAGUGUGAUAAUCAAAAUGAUGACAGGCUCAGUGACUUACCAGACUGUGUUCUACUUCACAUUUUGUCAUUUUUGAACACCAAACAAGUCGUUCAGACUUGCAUUUUGUCUAAGAGAUGGACACAUCUCUGGAAACGUAUUUCAACCCUCUUUUUGCAUUCUUCAAAUUUUUCCACUUUGAAGUGUUUUGCCAAAUACGCAUCUAAGAUUUUGACUCUUCGCGAUACCUCAACUGCACUGCAUGCUUUUGAUCUUGACCGUUGGGGUGAUAUUGAGCUUCAACUCUUUAAAAAGGUUUUAAAAUGUGUUUCUUCCCAAAAUACCCACCUCAAAGAAUUAGGAAUCUCUCUACAUGGUGAUACUAGUCUCGUUAUGAGCUGUGUUUCUUCAUGUCAUGCUCUUACAUCUCUUAAGCUUUCACUUUCCCCUAGAGGUAGUAGUCGCACUCAUGAUGAUACACCAACAUUAUUUCCAAACUCUUUGAAUUUGCCUUUAUUGACCAACUUAGAUCUAACAAAUUUCGCCUUUUGCGGUGGUGAAAGCAAUUGUGUCGAGCCCUUUUUCGCCUUUACCAAGUUGAAUAGUUUGGUCAUUCAUUAUUGUAAGGUAAUUGAGGCUCAAGUCCUCAGCAUAUCAAGCGAGACACUUGUGAAUUUAACUAUAGCAAGCCCUUUGGAAAAAAUAAAUUUGGCCAAACAAAAUAAUCUAUCCAUGUUGGCCGAAAUCAAGACAGAUAAUUUAUCCAACUAUGCUGAAAUCCAUCUAUCUACUCCACAUCUUUGUACCUUUAAUUAUACUGGUUACCUUAUUCAAAAAAUAUGUGGGUCCGGACUUUCUUCUGUUAAAAAAGUAAAUAUUGGUGAUUCACGACAAUUUCAUGCUUCGGUGGUGCAUAGUUUGGUUAUAUUCAACUGGCUGCUUGACUUUGUCAAUGUAGAAUCAUUGACACUCACUUCAACUACUCUUCAGAUUCUAUCCUUACUUCCUAAUUUGUUGGAGGUUAAGCACCACUCUUUAUGUAACUUGAAGUCAUUGGAUGUUGUAUUGAUACCACUUUAUGAUGGAUCUUUAUCCCAAUCAAUCAAAGAUGACAUGUUAAAGAAAGCUGCAGCCAAGUAUCAUAAAGAAGUUGCGAAGUUUAGCAAGGCAUUUAAAGCACGUUUGGAACCACCUGUCAUUCCUGAUGGAAUAGUUGAUUUCUUACGACAAAACUCGCCGUUAGCGGAAGUUAACAUUUCAUCAGAUUUCCCGCAUGUUUUGAAUCUUAAGCAGGUUGCAGAAUCUAUAAAGGGAGCAAAGAUUGUCAAGUAUCGGUCGCGAUACGCUGCACCUGCCUCCUCCUCUAUUGCACCUCCUUCUGCCACUGCCCACGCUUCUGUUGCUGUGUCUGCCUCUGCUGUACCUCCCAACCUUCAUCUCUAUUGCGGUGAAAAGGAUGGUAAAUCAUCAAAUGAAGACAAGGUGGAGAAGCACCAACCUAACACUAACUCUCCACUUCUAGAUAAUGGGCAGUGAAGAGUUCUCAUAUUGCCUAACAAUACAAUGCCUUUUGUUUGAACCUUUUUUUGGAUAUCAGGUGCGUUUCAAGUUGUUUUCUUACCAACUCUCUUGGUAUCCAAGCUAGGUAAAUUUAUGAUACUGGUGUAAUUCAGGGCGACUUUUCAUCAUGUUCUUCUGUUUGUGUGGUGUUAUCCAUAGUCAGCAGUGUUGUCCUUUUGUUAUGAAACACAAACUAAAACACAGAAUGGGAAAACAUGAAACUAGUUUGUGUUUCAUGUUAAGCCUUGUGUUGGUUUUAUUUAGUAUAAAAGUGGUUUUGCAUCUUGCUCUCCGUUCGGGUGUGGCGAGCCUUUUUAAGAAAUGCAGGUCAGUUGUUGUGGCAGAAUCCAAGUUGGUAUUCUGCAUAACUUUGCAGGUCAGAGUAAAUACUAUCUCCAGCUUGAAAUCUGAUUUUUAGAUGAAGUGGCGUGGCUAGUAGCAGGUGUUGGAUGAAGGUUUAAAAAAUCAUUGAUGGUUAUUGAAGGAUUUAUGUCAUGAUUUGAAGGUUUUGUUGCAUUUGUCUUUGUAACCAAACUCAAUUUUACAUUGCAUUUGUGGAUUUCUACCAUUCAAGUUACUUUGACUAA